GCGUGACAGGAAAGUCGGCAGGGGCGUGGCUUAGGUGCGGGGGCCGCCGCGGCGGUACUACUACCGCGACUGCUGAAACGGGUUCGAAAGGGGUAGCGGAGUGGGUUCUGUUCGGUGGCCCGGCGGAGAAGAUGGCGGAGGACCUCGGGAGCGCUAUCGCCGCCGUGGUGCGGCGCGUGCUGGGCACCAGCCUGGCCGAGAUAGCGAAGUCGUUGGGCAGUUCGGAACAGGCACUUCGCCUCAUCUUCUCAAUCUUCCUGGGAUACCCCUUUGCCUUGUUCCAACGCUACUUCCUUUUCCAGAAAAGUGACUACCUCAUCCAUAUCUAUAAUACAAUAAUAGGACUUUCACUUGCCUACUUCAACUUUGGGCCACAGAUCUGUCACUCUCUCAUAUGUGUCUUCGUACAGUUUUUCAUCUUGAGGCUCAUGGGUCGCACAGUCACUGCCAUUGCCACUACCUUCUGCUUUCAGAUGACAUAUUUGAUGGCUGGCUACUAUUUCACGGCCACAGAGCACUAUGACAUCAAAUGGACCAUGCCACAUUGUGUCUUGACUCUAAAGAUGAUUGGUUUGGUUAUUGAUUACUAUGAAGGCAGGAAGGAAGAGGAAUCCCUAGAGCCUGACCAAAAACAGUUUGCUGUCCGGGGAGUUCCUACUUUGCUUGAGGUCUCUGGCUUCACCUAUUUCUAUGGUGCCUCCAUGGUGGGCCCUCAGUUCUCCAUGACACGAUAUCAAAAAUUGGUGAAGGGUGAGCUGACUGAUGUUCCAGGCCAAAGACCCAACAGCUUUGUUCCUGCUCUUAAACGUCUACUUCUGGGAACUUUCUUCAUGAUAAUCUACACUCUGGCGUCACCUUAUAUUGAUGAGGAAUAUCUUGGCUCUGAUGAUUAUAUGAAACAGUCCUUCUGGUUUCGCUGCUUUUAUAUAUUGAUCUGGGGCAAGAUAAUGCUUUACAAGUACGUUACCUGUUGGCUAGUGACGGAAGGAGUUUGCAUCUUAACUGGACUAGGCUACAAUGGAAGGGAUGAAAAGGGGUUACCACAGUGGGAUGCUUGUGCCAACAUGAAAAUCUGGACGUUCGAGACAACUCCUUAUUUUACAGGAACCAUUGCCUCCUUCAAUACUAACACCAACAACUGGGUAGCCCGCUAUGUAUACAAACGGCUGAAAUUCCUAGGAAACAAGUUACUAUCGCAAGCUAUGGCUUUGCUUUUCCUGGCUGUCUGGCAUGGGUUACACUGUGGGUAUCUAGUUUGCUUCCAAAUGGAGUUCCUGAUUGUCAUUGUGGAGCGGCAGGCUAUUAAACUGGUAAAUGACAGUCCAUUUCUGUCUGCCUUGUCUUCAAACAUCAUAUUGAGGCCCUUCUUUUACCUGAUUCAGCAAAUUAUUCACUGGAUGUUCAUGGGAUAUUCUCUAGUACCAUUUUGCCUCUUUAGCUUGGAAAAGUGGAUUAAGGUGUACAUGUCUAUUUAUUUCGUAGGCCAUGUGUUCUUCUUUACGUUGCUGUUUACAUUGCCUUAUUUCCGAAAAAUAUUUGUGCCACGAAAAGAAAAGCUAAAGAAAGCUGAGUAAUGCCCAAAAGAUUGUACCGUGUGUGCAUUUAUUACAGGAUGGUUGAAGCAUCACCUGCCAAAUUUGCUGUGGACAAACUGUAUUAGUGACUGGGGUGAAAGAGCACAGGGGUCAAGACCCCAAACUGAGGGGAACAGGCUGCAGACCUCUUUACCCUUUCUACAGGUUGCCUUAUCUCAACUUCUCCCCAGACACUUCCACCUCUGCAAUGUCAUGAUUGUAAAGCACUUGAUCCAGCUCCCAUCUAGGAAUGGAGCAUCUGCCUGACUUUUUUACUUUCCAAUUCCACUAGAUAAAAUUGGUCCAAGUUGGUUUUUCAUUCA